ACAGGGCUCUCAUGGAUUCUUCCUUCUCAUCAAGCUCCUCGGCGAGCUUCACGUCAGAUUUUAGUCCGGCUUGCUACCACUUCUGGUGCUGCACAGCAUCUAUAGCUCCAGGUUGUUUUAGCGUCGUGUAUGGAGGAUUAUGAAUAUGAAUUCGUUUAGCUUUUUUGAGUGCUUCAAAGACCUGAAAACGGAGUUACUUGAGGACGAAGGAGACGUAGAGAGGAAGCUCGUUGUGGAUGCGAACGAAGAAGCUGCGCUAGAUGAGGAAGAAAAGAACGAGUACAUUGCCAUGAAGCAGGAGCUUGAAGAAAUGGCGGAGGGGUUGGAGAAGCGAGCUGCAAAUCCUGCCAUUUCUGGAAGAACGCGUGGAUUUGUGGAGCAUGUUCGUGACAAUGCCGAGCGGGGAGAGAAUCUUCAGCCUUAUGCUGUCAUUUCCAUGAAAAGCGCAGAGGCGACCUGUACUCGUUUCUCUAGAGACAGCGAUGACUUGCUCGCGAUCGGCACAUCUGCAGGAAUUGUUGAGAUCUACAAUGCACAAAGUGGACGAUUCUCUUACAAGUUGGAUGUGGGGAGAAAAGGCAUGCGCAAAUGGUCGAUCACAUCCCUGAGUUUCCGUUCUUCAAAAUUUGCAAAAGUCGCACAGAAUAUGUUGGUUUCAUGUGAUAUCAAGGGACAAAUCCACCACUGGCAUGCCACAUCGGAGAAGCAUCUAUCAAUGAGCCUAGAACCAGACAAUGAGAUUCUUGCGGUGGAUCACCACCCCACCGGACAGAAGUUUGCAACAUCUGGCUAUGACUGCAAGGUGAGAAUCUAUGAUGGAAUUACGAGACUGCCCAUACAAACAUUCGAAAAAGGGAAUGGUGUGACUACAGCAGGACACAGCAACAGAGUAGUUGCUUUGAAAUGGCAUCCGUCAGACAUCGACAUCACUUUGAGUGGAGGUUGGGACAAAACAGUUCAGGUGUGGGAUGCAAGAGCCGGAACCUCCGUUCGCAGUUUGUAUGGAAUGGAGAUUUAUGGAGAUGCCCUGGACAUCAAAGAGGGGAACAACCAUGUUUUGACUGGAUCAUGGCGACGCAGAGACCAACUUCAGGAAUGGGAUUUUGGGAGCGGUCAGCUAAUUGAAAACCUCUGCUGGCCACCAGGAAAUGUAGGAGUUGAGCAGCCCUGCCGCUUGUACUGUGCCGUGUACGGAACGGGAUUCUCGCAGAAUUUGAUUGCCGCCGGAGGCAGCGGCUCAAACGAGGCUUGUUUGAUUGAUGCCAACUCUCGAGACGUCGUUGGAAGGAUUAGCACCGGUGACAAAGCUGUUCAUGGAGUAGCUUUCUCUCGCGAUGGUACCCAAUUGGCUGUGUUAACUCCGGCUUCGGUACAUCUGUUUUCGAUAGCCAAAGCACUGUCUGCUGCUUCGAACAAACAUCAUCACCCAGCGAAAAUAGAUAAUGAGGUUAUUCAAUAUGUUGAAGAGGUCACAAAUUUGAAGUCAAAAGACACUGUUUCACAUGGGAAGUUGUGAAGAGUCAAUCGUUUUUGAACUCAUAGAUCAGCGCUGAUGCAGUGGGAUUAUGGAGGAGGGCCAUUCCAAGGAUACAAUCCAUUCCAAUGGGGCAUAGUUUAUUGAUCAUUUCGUUUUUUUCUUUUUUCUUUUUUAUUAUUAUCAUAGAUGCUGUUAGCUCUGAAAGAUUAUGCUAUCAGCUAGCUCGGGGGAUGCGGCGGAUGUAGUCAAAAUCUUCACGUAUGUCUGUUAUUCAGCAACGUUUUUUACAAGGUCGGCAAGUUUAAACUGGACAGUGAAUGUCCUGUCCAAUUUUCUAUUGAGUACAAUAUUAUGUUGUUGAGAAAACAAUUGACAACUCGAAAAGUUCUAGUGGCACCCGUUCAAACGAACUUAACAAGUGAUCAUUGAUUUCAA